AUGGACUCUACAGGCAAUUUGAAUGUGAUGGAUUUCAGUACUGUUAGGUUGAUUUGCUCAACCCUGGAAAAUGUAGUUAAAAAAUCUUUUGGUCCUCUAGGAUUGCAAACUCUGCUGUGUACUGCUACAGGCCAUUUGGUAGUAACCAAUGAUGGAUUGACCACAAUAGAAGUACUGCACCUGUCCCAUCCUGUCGCCAAGUUGAUAAUCCAGUCACUGUCAAAAUCAAUUCACUAUACUGGAGAUGGGAGUAAGACAUUUAUAUUGUGGCUGGCAAAGUGUGUGAGAGAUAUAGAAGAGGAAAUCUUACUGAGCACAGGAAAGAAAACUCCAACUAAUGGUUAUCAAUGUAGUUUGGAAAGCAAAUAUAGAAUACAAAUGAGCAGAGAUCUAAAUAAAAUUCUUCCAGAACUUUUGAAAGGUAUAGUGAAAUAUGUUUGGGACCAUUCAGCAGCUUGUAAAUGUAGACAGGGAAAGGAGGAAGAGAUAUUAUACACAAAAAGGAUAAUCCAUACAGUUAUAAGACCACAUUUCCCUCAAAAUAUUUCAAAUAUCUUCACCGAACUUCUCUAUAAUAUGGUACAGUUUGACCAUGAUAGUGAUGCCAAAAUUUACCUCCGUUACAUUAUUGAUCACUUUGAAACACUGUGCAUCAAAGUAGGCAAUCAACCCUACACAUCGUCAACCAUGUUGGAGUCAUUUGUUAUCCAGCGAGAUUUCACAGUUUAUUGCCCCCAGACAUUAAAUGGAAAUGUCAAGUUUGUUCUUCUGAGAUGUUUGGUAGGUCAGUUAAAUACAGAAAAUAAAAAUGAAAAAAUAAAGCUGACCAAUUCGCAAGUUAUUGGUCAUUAUUUACAAAAUCAAAAGAAAUUGAUCAAAGAUUUCAUCUCUGUAUGCCAGCAAUAUGGAAUAAAACUUGUCUUGAGUACAGAAAAAGUUCCAGACUUUAUUCAAGAGAUCUUCCAAUCGGGUGCCAUUUCUCUGGUCCACUAUGUAUCUGAUGAGGAAGCAGAUUUCCUGCAAACCAGCCUUAAGAUACAUCCCAUAACUAAUUUGUUUGACACUGUUGAAGAAAAGAACAUUGGUUUAUCCAAACAAUGCAAAGCUUUAGUAAUAGCAGGUCAGAGAUGUGUUCAUUUAAACCUCCGAGGGCUACCUCCCAUGUUACUGGUAUGUGGACUGUCUGAUGGUUUAUGUAAACAGGUAAUGUUGGCAUCUAUCAAAGCUCUUAAGACACUUCUACACUAUCACCAAACUGAAGAGUUGAUUCCCAUCAUCAAUCAAGGGGAGACAACGGACCAAAAUACAAGUUUGAUGAAGGAUGUAUGUGCUGUGGGCAUGAGUGAGAGAGAACAUUGUGAAACCUUGGGAACACCAGGAGCAGUUGUGAAAGAAUGUUAUAGUUUAUGUGUUUGUCAUAACACGGUAGUGGGCAACAGUUUUGAGUUUAUGGCUGCUAAGUAUUGUGAGGAAAGAGCAAAGGAACUUAGAGUAAGAGACAUAGGACAGUCAAUUUUAUUUCAGAUCUUCUCAAAAGCACUACUCGCAGUGCCUCAAGUACUGCAUGAAAACUCUUGUGGAUCUCAAAGUGACAGAGUCAGUUUUAUUAAAAAACAACAGUUAGUGUUUUCAGAGUUGGAUAAAUUAGGAAAAUGUGAUUUAAGAGAUAUUUUGUCAUCAGCUGGUUAUGGUCAUAAUGUUGGAGAAUGCGUUGAACCUCUAAAUGUUAAAGUUCAUCUAUUAUCUACCCUUACAGAAUUAUUACAGCAACUUCUUAGGAUUGACUCUAUUGUUGGAGUUCAGAGUGUCCAUGUAUAAAACAACA